UUAGAAGCGUCGGUCCGCCGAAGUCAGUUGUUUGACCGCCAUAUCAACUGUCAUAUUCGGUAGCACGCGUGAUUCGACUCAAAUUUCUUGAAUUAAUUUAUAAACGUAGUGUUCGAUUAGGAGCUGGUGACAACGUAAUUAACGGAGACUUUCAUUAAAAUUGCGUCUCGACCACGAUUUACGAAGAGUUUUAGCAGUAGUGAAAGAGAAAAAAUUCCGGACGUCGUUCCCGCGAUAUAAACAAAUAACUUUUCUCUUAAUGUUUUUAGUGGUGAAUUAUUCAAUAAAGGUGCGAUAUUAAUUUUCGGUGGGAAAAGAGAUUUCCGGCGAGCGCGGUUACGUAAAUUCCAAAUCUUUCGCGUUGACAUUUAAACUGUCAAUGAUGAAGAUUAAACCUCAUCGUGAUCGAUUCCAAUCAACAAGUAGUACGGAUGAAAAUGAAUCCGGUUCGGAACAAGAAGAUCACGAACAAACCCUCCAAUUAGCAAACAUUGCAGCUCAUGGUGUAGGUCCUGUCCGAAAACGGCGGGGAAACCUCCCUAAACAUUCUGUAAAAAUUCUCAAACGUUGGCUUUAUGAACAUCGUUACAAUGCAUAUCCAAGCGAUGCAGAAAAAAUCACUCUCUCUCAAGAAGCAAACUUAACUGUUUUGCAAGUAUGCAAUUGGUUCAUAAAUGCUCGGCGGAGAAUAUUACCUGAGAUGAUUAGACGCGAAGGUCAUGAUCCUUUACACUACACGAUUUCGCGUCGAGGUAAAAAAUUGGCUGGUGGUGGUCCAUUGGGGCCCGAUCAAGCUCAUGCUAGUUGGGAUGGUGAAAAUCCCGUUGGGGGGAAAAGGAUUCGAUUGGAACAUGAUUAUGAGGAUGGGAUGACGUUGUUGUAUCGUUCGGAAGGUGAUAGUCCAAAUGAAUAUGAAAGUUCAAGUCCGAGUGAAGAGGAGAAAUUUGCGCCGUGGCAAACAGUUAUUCGAUAUGGAUUAUCAAAAGAACCGCAUCCAGCGAAUAGAGGGAUUACUUUUCACAGGGCACCUCAAGAAGAGAAAAUCGUUUCAACAGCUGAAUAUUGGAGUGCCCCACAUCCUCAAUUGGCACAUUUACCUCAAUUGCCUCAUCCACUAACGAAUCCGAAGGUUCAAGUUGUUCCUGCGCAUCCAGUAAGUCCUUUAUUGCCAUCUUCGCCACCACCAACGCCGCCGGAAGGUGAAGAUAAGGAUAAAUUUAAGUGUCUUUAUCUGCUGGUUGAAACCGCGGUUGCUGUGAGGCAAAGAGAAAAGGAACAGGAGGAUGUUCAGGUAUAGCGAGGGCGGAUCAAGUAAAGAACAUUGCAGGUUUAAAUUUAAAAGAGAUUUAAAAAAGUUUAGAAAUAAAAAUUGUGCCUUCAACAGGAUAUUGCUCAAGGACAAGAUAUUUGCUUUCGUAGGUUGUCACUUUUAUUUUAAUCCCUUAAAUUUAAAUUUCUUGUUUUGAUAUGAUUUUGAAUUUAGGGAUGUUAUUCAUGUGUUUAGUAGUUAAUUCGUACAAGGUUUCAUUAAUUCUCGAAUGUGUUUGGUUAAGUGAAUAAAUUUUUCUUUAUGAGAAAUAAAUAAUCACGUGUAUUUUU